AUGUCCCAUUCCAAGCUGGCCAUGCAUAGUCAUAUGCAGGAACCGUAUGAUAUUGCAGCCCUCGAUCCCGCUGAGGAGUAUUUAUUCGAUGAGAAUAAUGAGCUUGAUAUGGGGUUGGACCCGCUGGGUAUGCCCUUCGGUGGUGGAGAUGGGGGUUUUGGAAACAUCGACGACUUUUUAGGUCUUCAGAGCUUCCUAUGA